GCGACGCUUACGGACUCUGAGUUGCCGCUCGCGAGGGACUCGACGCUGCUCGUGCAAAACGGCAUGCUGAGAUCCACAUACGACCGGCCAGAUCACGAACGUUGUCUCCUCGAGGGCUCCCGUCCGCCGCCCGAUGUGCCUCCGCGCAACCCAACCAUGUCUCGGCUGAACGGCCGCAUCACCGGCAACCCCGCGGACCUGGCUGACUUUGAGCCGUCGUGUCUCGUGCGGACGCCUUCUGGAAACUUCUACGUGCCUUCAGGGGACAUCCAAAAGAAUCCGUCUAUGGAUUACAAGUCGAACUCAUCCUGCAGUAGUCCAGGCAAGCAAGACAAAAGCACCCUCGAGAGGAUGGACAGGAGCGACCGACACCCCGCCUUCGGCGCGCCCGUGCCGGUGCUGCCGGUCCGGAACAACCUCCGCUCCACCCACUUCCCCCCAGCCGCCUCCCGGUUCCACUUCAGGAAAGGGCUCUCCUCUCGGUGUUCGUGGAAGUGCACCGCUAUAGUGUUUAUAAUUCUCUUCGUUCUUCUAUUAGCAAUCGCUUCUUAUAUGUCAGCUUCAUACUUCGUCAACUGGUCAUAUCAAACCUCAAAAGCAUGUACAGUACUAGUUGGUGAAUCAACUGAAAUGUUCCCAGCGUCUAAAGCCACGACGCUGGAGUCAAGUAACAAAUCAUUAGCGAGACCGCACCAGAGCUCGACCUCUUCAGGCUCAGGUAAAGGGGACAGCCACCCCCGCCCGCGUAGGAGCGUAGGGCAUGCUUCUGUCUCGCCUUCUGUUUCUUCCAUGAAUCCUUCCACUGUAGAUAUGCAUGAACUAAUCACUACGCCUUCUGUGAGCACCGUUAGUGUAGUGCAUGGUGUGACCUCGGUCCCGCCCCGCUCGACUGACGUCACUCAGCCAGCAGUGGAGGGUGCUAAUAGCGCUUUUGUGUCUAGCAGUGUUAAUAUACCCGUCUCAACUGGUGAACUAAUAGAUAGUGCUACGCUUGAAACCACGCCGCGUAAUAAUGAACCGCUGGAGGGUACCACAUCUAAUGAGCCAACCGAUAGUAUGGGGAAAUCUGAUAACAUUACUAAUAAAAAUACUGAAAGUGUGUCUGCCGUCAGUGCUAAUCCUGAUGUUGAAUUCCCACCUGAAGUGCUACCUACUAAAACUGAACCUGUCGUUGAAAAGGAUAUCAGCAAUAUUGCUUAUGAACCAGAAUCGAUGCAAGGUGAUGCAUAUCCAUCGCUUUACUCGUACGGUGUCCAAAAGUUUCAAUAUCUAAAAUUGUUAGCCAGAUUAAAUGAAGUGAAUGAGCACUUGCAUAUCAAAUUAAGUGAAUCGGUGGAUAAGGACAAAGACCUAAAUAAAUUACAUUAUGUGACUGAAAAUGUACGUAACAAAAAUACUGAACCUCCUACUACAACUCAAAUUACGACUGUAGAACCAAUAACAACAGAAAUAACAUCAAUAACUAAUACGCCAACAACAGAAGACAGUGUGUCCACAGCAAAAUUAAUGACCACACACAUUCCGCAUGUUUUGAAUAUCACACAGUCUACACAGAGUGCCACUAAUCCUAACAUUGUGGUGAAUAACACGGUCACGCCGACUGAACCGGUUCUGGGAGAAGACGAACCGGUGACUGUAAAUAUUGCUUCCGAGUCGAGAGCGCCAGAAGCAUCAUCUAACCCAAAACACGUGUUGAUUAAUUUGACAAUUUCUGCCGAUGAUGCUGGCAGUACAUCUUACAAGCCUCUUUAUUCGUUAACAGUGACAGUCCCUACUGUUGGCGAUAGCAAUGAAAUACCAACAGUAAAGAUUACCCCAAUGGAAGUUGAGCCCACAUCACCGACGAACUUUAACAAUCCCAUGAAAAUCGAGAGUUCAACGAAAACGACUCCACCUCCAAUCAAGACAGAAGUCGAUUGGGGAGGCAGCUGUGAAUGCUCAUGCCCGAGUUGUAAUGAAGAUAAUACUAGCGAUGACUUUUACUCUGAUUAUUCCGAUAGUUCUACCACCGAUUCUACAGGAUCCACCACUGAAUCUGAAUCUACUUCAGAUGCUAAUGAAACUUUUAGUACAUCCACGGAAAACGUUAGCUCGACAGACGAUGUUGAAUCAUCAGUAGUAACUAAGACGAAUACUGAAAUGACAAGUGAUAUAGAUUCAACGACAACAGAUGUCACAGAUUUCACAGAUACAGAUUAUACGACCGAAUCUAUUGUGUCCUCGACUGUACCAAGUUGUGAAUGUCCAAAGGUUGUAUGUCCGCCUAUACUCAUACUAGAAGGUGCGCGAACGUUUCCCGCGCAAACGUUCCCGCCAGACGGGACGACAUUCACACAAAUUAAACUAGGUGAAAAAUUAUCUAAAGAAAUCCCUCCAUAUAGUUACUGGAACGUACAGUUCUACCAAUCGGAAGCUACGUACGUGAAAUUCGACUACAUGAUUCCUAGAGGAGCAUCGAUAGGAGUCUAUGCCAGAAGAAACGCAUUGCCAACUCACACGCAGUAUCACAUUUUGGAAGUUCUGAGCGGAUUUAAAGCGAGGACAACAAGAGCGUCACAUCCUUCUGUGAAGAAAGAAGUAACACACUACAUGGAGCAAGGGCACUGGUUCCUGUCUCUGUACAACGACGACGGCGAUCCUCAAGAGAUAUCGUUUAUUGCUGCGAUGGCGGAAGACAUGACCCACAACUGUCCCAACGGAUGCUCAGGCAAAGGCGAAUGUCUCAUGGGACACUGCCAAUGUCAGCCUGGGUUUGGAGGGGACGAUUGCAGCGAGAGCGUAUGUCCAGUGCUAUGCAGUCAACGAGGCGAGUACAUAAACGGAGAAUGCCAAUGUAAUCCAGGAUGGAAAGGCAAGGAGUGUUCUCUACGGCACGACGAGUGCGAGGUUCCAGACUGCAACGGCCAUGGUCACUGCGUCAACGGCAAAUGCUCCUGCGUCCGCGGGUAUAAGGGCAAAUUCUGCGAAGAAGUCGACUGUAUCCAUCCAACCUGCUCAGGACAUGGCUUCUGUAUCGAAGGCGGUUGCGUUUGCAAGAAGGGAUGGAAAGGACUGGACUGCGCUACUAUGGACAAGGAUGCACUACAAUGCUUGCCGGAUUGUUCUGGUCAUGGAACUUUCGAUGUCGACACGCAGACUUGCACGUGUCACGCUCGCUGGUCGGGUGACGACUGCUCUAAAGAGGUUUGCGAUCUAGAUUGUGGCCCUCACGGCAGAUGCGUUGGAGAAUCAUGCGUUUGCGAUCCUGGAUGGACUGGUGAAUACUGUACAUCUAAGCUGUGCGAUGCCCGCUGCAGCGACCACGGACAGUGCAAGAAUGGCACCUGUCUCUGCGUCUCUGGAUGGAACGGCAGGCAUUGCACUCUGGAGGGGUGUCCACGAGGUUGUGCCGGUCAUGGUCAGUGUAGAGUGGCCAAUGACGGACACUGGGAGUGCAAGUGCUUCGACGGCUGGGACGGCCCAGACUGCACGACGCUGAAGGAACAAAUCUGCGACGAUUCCAAGGACAACGAUAAAGACGGUCUUGUUGACUGCGAGGACCCCGAGUGCUGUCAAAGCACAGCUUGCAAAGGAAGCCAGCUCUGCGUCUCUUCGCCAAAACCGACGGACAUCCUCCUCAGGAAACAGCCUCCAGCGAUCACCGCCUCCUUCUUCGAGAGGAUGAAGUUCCUCAUCGACGAAGGUAGUCUCCAAAACUACGCUAAACAGGAAACCUUUAAUGAAAGCCGGUCGGCCGUCAUCAGAGGUCGCGUGGUGACCUCCCUUGGCUCCGGCCUCGUCGGGGUCAGGGUCUCGACCUCGACCCCCCUUGAAGGGUUCACGCUAACCAGAGAAGACGGCUGGUUCGACCUCCUGGUCAACGGAGGUGGCGCGGUCACGUUGCACUUCGGUCGGUCUCCGUUCAAAAGAUCUUCUCAAGUCGUCUUCGUACCUUGGAAUGAGGUUGUGAUAAUCGACGAGGUGGUGAUGACCACAUCUGACGAGAAGGGCGGCAUGGGCCCGCCGCAGGCCUGCCUCGCGCACGACUACGACGCCAUGAAGCCCGUCGUACUGGCCACGUGGAAGCAUGGCUUCCAAGGCGCUUGUCCCGACAAGAGCGCUAUAUUGGCUGAGUCUCAGGUCGUACAAGAGAGCCUCCAGAUACCUGGCACUGGACUGAACCUGGUCUACCAUAGCUCCCGCGCUGCUGGCUACCUCUCCACCAUCCAGCUCCAAUUGACUCCCGAGAAAGUGCCUCCCACUCUCGCCCUUAUCCAUCUAAGGAUCACCAUUGAGGGCAUUCUCUUCGAGAAGACCUUCGAAGCAGACCCUGUCAUCAAAUUCACGUACCCCUGGAACCGGCUCAACGUUUACAGGCAAAGGGUCUAUGGGGUGACCACUGCGCUGGUGAAAGUUGGUUACCAAUACACGGAUUGCAAGGAUAUAAUCUGGAAUGUGCAGACGACGAAGUUGAGCGGCCACGACAUGAGCAUAUCAGAUGUUGGCGGUUGGAACUUGGAUAUUCAUCACAGAUACAAUUUCCAUGAAGGUAUCCUCCAAAAGGGCGAUGGCACGAACAUCUACCUCAAACACAAGCCGCGUCUCAUCAUCACCACCAUGGGCGACGGUCGCCAACGAGCCCUGGAGUGCGGCAGCGAAUGUUCUGGAUCCGCGAUCAAGCAGAGGUUGUUAGCGCCAGUGGCUUUGGCCGCGGCGCCUGAUGGCUCGAUAUUUGUGGGCGAUUUCAACCUGGUCAGGAAGAUCAGCACUGAUGGCACUGUGCGCACGGUGGUCAAAUUGAAUGCCACUCGAGUCUCCUACCGAUACCACAUGGCUUUGUCACCUCUGGACGGCACCCUCUACAUCUCUGACCCCGAAUCGCACCAGAUCAUCAAAGUCCGCAACACCGACGACUACAGUGACCCCGAACGCAACUGGGAAACCGUCGUAGGAUCUGGAGAGAGAUGUCUGCCAGGAGACGAGGCCCACUGCGGCGAUGGAGCGUUAGCAAGGGACGCCAAACUCGCCUACCCUAAAGGAGUCGCUGUAUCUAUUGACAAUGUCCUGUACUUUGCUGACGGUACCAACAUCAGAAUGGUAGACCGAGAUGGAAUUAUUACGACUGUAAUCGGAAACCACAUGCAUAGAGCCCACUGGAAACCCAUCCCUUGUGAAGGCACACUGAGCGUAGAAGAAGUCCAUCUGAGAUGGCCAACGGAGCUCGUGAUCAAUCCUUUGGACAACAGUCUGCACAUCAUUGAUGACCACAUGAUCCUACAAAUGGCACCUGAUGGUAGAGUCAAAGUAAUCGCAGGCAGACCUCUGCAUUGCCCGUCGCCUUUGACUGGCUACGAUAUGGAAUUGGCCACGUAUGCGACGCUUGUCAUGCCGCAGAGCAUUGCUUUUGGUGCCGCAGGAGACCUUUACGUAGCUGAAAGUGACUCUCAAAGAAUUAACCGUGUCCGUCUCAUCACAACUGAUGGAAAGAUUUCUCUAUACGCUGGUGCUGAAUCGAAAUGUAAUUGUCUGGAAAGAGGAUGCGACUGCUUCGAAGCUGAUCAUUUCUUGGCAUCCAAUUCCAAGUUUAACACGAUAUCGGCGGUGAUUGUAAGCCCAGAUGGCAUUGUGCAUAUCGCUGACCAAGCCAACUAUAGGAUACGAUCGGUCAUGGCAAGCAUUCCUGAUGCAAGUGGUGCUAGGGAAUAUGAAAUAUACUCCCCUGAUACGCAAGAGAUUUACAUCUUCAACAGAUUCGGGCAGCACAUCAUGACGAAGAAUAUUCUUACGGGAGAGAACAACUACGUGUUCACAUACACAGUGAACACCAGCAACGGAAAACUGAGCACGGUAACCGAUGCAGCCGGUAACAAGGUCUUCCUCUUGCGCGAUUAUUCUAGUCUGGUGAAUUCCAUAGAAAAUACAAAGGGUCAGAAAUGUAGACUGAGAAUGUCGCGAAUGAAGAUGCUUCAAGAACUGAGAACACCUGACAACUUCAAUGUAACAUUCGACUACCAUGGCACGACUGGCUUGCUAAAGGCUAAGUACGAUAGCACCGGAAGAAGUUACAUCUACAAAUACGACGAGUUUGGAAGGUUAACCUCAGCAGUUACACCAACAGGUCGAAUCAUCAACCUAACAUUCGACCUUAGUCUGAAAGGUGCUACCGUUUUGGUAAGUGAAAACAACAGGAAACCUAUAUCAAUACUCAUCAAAGGCUCCUCGGUUCGGACAAAGGUCGGAGAAGCUGAAAAGAAAACUAUCAUAUCAACUGAUGGCAGUAUUUCUUCAAGCAUGCCUUGGGGUCAUAUUAUCUCAACUGAUACAGUCCCAUACACUAUUCUGUCUGAAAUCGAUCCUAUCUUGGGUGAAAGCUAUCCAGUUCCUGCCAAGCAAAGAACUGAAGUUGGUGGUGACUUAGCAAACAGAUUCGAAUGGCGAUACUUCUUGCGAAGAUUGUUGUCCAACAAGGGUAAGAGCAGCAAAGCAGUCGCACAAAUAGGUCGCAAACUGAGGGUGAAUGGCGAAAACCUUUUGACUCUUGAAUACGACAGAGACACAUCGACUGUAGCAGUGUUCAUGGAUGAUAAGGUGGAACUACUCAAUGUAACUUAUGACAGAACUGCAAGACCUGUCAAAUGGGGACCCAGGAGUGGCAUAUUUGCUGAAGUAGAGCUCGAAUAUGACAGAUUUAACAGGCUUACGAGAUGGAGCUGGGGAGACCUCAAUGAAACUUACGUCUUCGAUAGAGCUGGAAGAUUGCACGAAAUUCGCUAUGGAGAUGGUUCUUCUUUGGCUUAUUCGUUCAGAGAUAUGUUCACUAGCUUACCAUUGAAGGUCACCACUCCAAGAGGUAGCGAUUAUCUACUGGAUUAUGAUGACUCUGGCGCACUACAGAACUUGACCACGCCACGGGGUCAUAUUCACACGUUCGCCCUGAUGACGUCCUUGGGCUACUUCAAGUACCAGUACUUCUCUCCAAUGAACAGGCACCCGUAUGAGAUUUUGUACAACGAUGACGGGCACAUUUUAGCCAAGAUAUUCCCUCACCAAUCUGGCAAAAUCCUGUAUGUCUAUGACAGUACUGGCAAACUAGAAACUAUCCUAGCUGGAGCAUCGGCAAUUCGUUAUGUCUAUCAUGAAAAUACACACUUGGUAAAGAACGUAGAAAUUACAGACCCUGACUAUGAGCUAAAACAAGAUUACAAAUACCAUGCUGGCAUACUAAAGGACGAGAAGAUGAAGUUUAAUUCGAAGAGCGGCUUGAACAAUGCUCACUUCAAAUACCAAUAUGACGGCAAUGCUCGAUUAUCAACUAUUGAUGUAAAUAUCAACAGCAAGGAAAUGCCGCAGCUUAGGUUGAAGUAUAACCAGAAUCUUGGAAUCCUAGAAGGCGUUAGCGACUUGAGAAUAUACAGAAAUACCUUCAACCGCUCAGUCAUGCAGGAUACAAGCAAGCAAUACUUCACAAUUACGGACUAUGAUGACCACGGUCGAACCAAAUCCAUCCUGAUGAAUAUCAAGUCCUUCGACGUAUUCCGCCUCGAAUUAGAAUACGAUGUGAGGAACCGAAUCAAGACGAAAAAGAUGAUGAUCGGCGAUACGACCUCGAACGAACGAAUCAGCUACAACUACGAUGGUCACCUGAUGGAGGUAGUCGGAUCUGAGGAUGACUGGAAAUAUGUUUAUGAUGAGAACGGAAAUGUUAUCGGCGUCAUUGAACAUGGAGAGAAACGCUACCUCGGUUACGACAUCGGAGACAGAGUUGUACAAUACGGAGAUAUCGAGUUCAGCAGCUACGAUGGACGUGGAUUCGUAAUUCGACGAGGGGAACAGAAAUAUCGAUACAACUCUCGCGGUCAAUUCGUGCACGCAUUCGAAAGGGAGAAGUUCCAGAUGUGGUACUACUAUGACAAUAGGAACAGAUUAGUCGCAUGGAAGGACGACAAGAACAAUGUCACUCAAUUCUUCUACACUAAUCCGCAAACUCCGAACUUGAUCACGCACAUGCACUACCCGAAAACUGAAAAGACUGUCCGAUUCUUAUACGAUCAGAGAGAUUUCCUUACCUGCAUCGAGACUGAGGACCAACGCUUCUACGUCGCUACAGAUCACAAUGGCUCUCCUCUGGCCGUCUUUGACGUCAAUGGUGAAAUCAUCAAGGAAAUCAAGCGCAGUCCUUUCGGAAAGAUCAUAAAGGACUCGAAUCCAGGAUUCUAUGUCCCAGUUGACUUCCAUGGAGGUAUUUUUGAUUUCAAUACCAACCUAAUCUACUUGGACAACAGGCUAUACGACCCUGUAGUUGGUCAAUGGAUGACACCUAGCUGGGAACAUCUGGCAACUAAACUGAGUCUGCCAACAGACAUAUUCACCUACCGAUUCAAGAACAAUGAUCCGAUAAAUAGGAACCAGAAUGUAUUGUACAUGACAAGCCUAGGAAGCUGGCUGCAGCUGUACGGUUAUGAUCUAGACAAGAUGAUGGGAUCGAAGUAUAUCACGGAUAUGAUCUUCCAGCCUAUGACAUCAGUGACUGCUCCACAACUGGCCCCUGACUUCGGGGUGAUGUCUGGUCUCCAGUGCAUCAUUGAAAAGGUGAACGACAAGUUGUCUGACAUAGACUUCGUUCCAACGCCUCUACUCAAGAUGGAGCCAACCACAAGAAACCUACUGCCUCGAGUGUCGUACAAACGCGGCGUGUUUGGCGAAGGAGUGCUCAUCUCCAGGGUUGACGGCAAAGCCUUCAUCAGCGUCGCUGACGGCGCCAACAGCGUCGUCGAAGAUGUUAUUACAACUGUCUUCAACAACUCGUAUUUCCUAGACGUGCACUUCAGUAUACACGACCAAGACGUGUUCUACUUCGUGAAGGAUAACUCGCUGAAGAUCAGGGAUGAUAUGGAGGAGUUGAGACGGUUGUCUGGGAAGUUCAACGUGUCACAGGACGAAACGAACGAUCAAGGCUUAGAGGUACGAGUCCACGCAGUGGGCAAGGGCUCAGCUCAAGCGGUGAUAGUGCUUCGGUACGGAGUAGACCCUACUCAAGAGCGUAUCAAGUUGCUGAAACACGCGCACAAGAGGGCCGCGGCUCGCGCGUGGGAGCGCGAGAAAGCUCUCGUGGCCGCGGGCUGGGAAGGGCGCGGCUCCUGGACCGAGGAGGAGAAGGAGGAGCUGAUCUCCCACGGCAUCGUGGACGGCUGGGCCGCCCGCGACGUCCACUCCGUGUCCAAGUACCCGCAGCUGGCCGACGACCCCGCCAACAUCGUCUUCGUCCGCGACGGACGGAGGAAACGGAGAAAGAGCGGCCGAGCGCGUCAUCGCUCGUGACUCCACUAACGUGCCAUAACCCGACGCCAUUUUGUUCACCCGACUUGACGGCGACAAAAUGGCCGACGUCGACAAAACGGUUUUAGUUCUCACUAUUUUUAUAGGACUGAAAUGUUUCGACGGUCUGCCUCGGUAAAAUGUUGUGUAUUAGAAUUGAACUUUUGUGAUCGGUGUAGUUCUCGAUAGGGAAUGGACUGAAAGAUUCGUGUGAUUGGGAAGGAAUAAAUUUAGGACGUGGAAUGAAUUCUGGGACGGUCCCUUCGUAGGCCGUAAUGGGAGUGACACGAUUUAUUUCGCUUUUCGUACUUAGGCGUAUUGUUUACCCCCGUAUAUUAGCUUAUUUUUGAUACGUUAGCCCUUUCUUCUUUGGACUGAAAAUGAAUCUCUUGUAACAACUCUCAACAGGGUACCGAGUCAUAAAUAAAAUGAAUUAAAUAAUAACUAUUAAUACGUCAAACUGAGCAUAAUAAUGGAACCAAAAUACUCAAUGCGAUCACAAUUUUUACUUUACCAAUUAUGAUAUUAAUUUAACAAUAUAUUUUACUAUUUUAAUCCCUAACAUGUACUACGCAUAUACAUCACCAUGUAGAAUAAUUUAUCAUUUCACAAUCAAUGUAUUCCUAUCACAUUUUAGCCAAAUAUUUCGUUCUAUCCUUAAAAUUAGGUAUUUGUAAAUAAUAAUAUUUUAUUCUUGUAGUUGUUCCUUUUUAAUGUUAGACCUAAGGUCUUUUUUACUUCGCAAUACUAUUACUAUUUAAGCAAUAAUUUUAUAUUUUUUAUAUUCCACGGUACGCGUCUGACUCUCCAAAUUAACGGUCCCUAUCAUUAUCGUUUGCUUCAACACAGCGGAACCCGUCGUAUGCAAUUUGCAGAGAUCAGAACUCGGCUCAGUAUCAGUUCCCUCUAGCCAUACGAUUCGUUCGGAGCGACAGAGUUCUAUGUAGCGAUACACUAAUCCCGUAACAGUAGAAGGCCUCGUAAAAUAAAUAGACAAAUAAACUAAACUAAUUAAACUACAGAAACGUUAAUACGUACAUUCUGCAUGUGUUGUGCAAUAAUCGAGCAGUAGGUUUUACCGUAACCGUAACCGUUUAGGGCAACUUCUGGCUGACUUAUUGUGCAUUUUUUUCGAGACUGACUUUUCGUUGUUAUAAUUUUUGUACGACCGCGUAAAACGGCGUAAGUGACUAUACUACGUUUUACGCGGUCACUAGUGUGUUAGUUCCUCAACGAUAAGUCAGCAAGAAGCCGGAAAUAAAUUGUAAUUAAAAAAAAGUAGUAUAAAUAGUAUAUGUCCAUAUGUGUCUCAUUUAAAUUGUGGUGUCUACUCUGUGUUAGAGGUACUAAUUUAAUGCUAGGUGACUGAGUGGCUGGUGAUAUGAUGCGGAUGAUAUUUUUUACAAAAAAAAAGUAUAUUGAAGGGAAAAUGAGUACCCGGGUCCGCACCGCCGGCCCAGCGAUGGUGAUAUUUUUGCAAAAUGUGACUAAACGAAGCAAUACAUUGUAAUGUAAUACGUCUUAUUCUUUAUUUAGUAUCAUAAGGUGUAUUUUUAUUUAAAUUAAUAUAUAUUAUAUAUUGUGAAUGUAGUUAUUGAUUUUGCGGUGAUAUUUACUAGAGCAGUAUAGUUAUCUUUUUUAUAAUGUAUAAAGAAUUCUAAUUUGUAAAUAGGUACUUAAUGAGGACGUAAUUUGUAAAAAUAUUGUACAUAUCUUUACGCUUCGAUUAUUUAUAAUGUAAACCGUUAAGAUUCUAGAGUAUGGAAAUGUAAUAUAUCGGGCAGUUGUCGGUGAAACUGUAGAGUUAUAUCCCCUGUUAACCUCUUACUGUCCAUAGACUCCGAGGUCGAACCAUAGAGCAAUACCGCAGUACCAUAGACGACCGUCGCCGCAGAUCCAUAGACUAUUGAACUUAUAGAUAGUUAGAGCUUGUGACGGAUUCACGGACAGAGCAUUUACUGUAGAACUGAAUUCUUCGUGCUGCAUUUAAUUUGUACUAUUGUAGAUACUGCGUGGGACGGGAAGCUGGGUGCGAUUGUUACACUUAAAACACAAAUUGGCAAUAUUCAAUUAAAUACCCCUAAAUAUCUUUACCAAUUUAAAACAAUUUUGCAGUCAUAAUUUCCUGAAAUUUUAUAAAAAAAACAAUUAUUAAAAAUUGCAACAUUAUCCAAGUCAUAAUAAGUCUCAUUUGCAAUAAAAACAAAGAUACAUCUUGCCACUCUAACCCCUUUACUGUUAAAAAGUUACAUAAUGAACACUACUUUGAAAUGACAUUUCCAUGCUAAACGUCACUUUAGACUAGUGUUCAAACGCAUGUAACUUGCAUUAGUAAGUUUUUCGACCUUAAUACAGUGCCAUAAAAUUCAAAAUUGCUGGCCACUAUAUUGCCUAUACUUACGAGCAAAAGUAUGGAAUCAACGGUACUUUGUCCCAAACGAUCUUGAGAACUGAACGACUAUGUAUGUAUCUAUGGUAUCAAUUUACAGUUCAUAAUAUUACCUUUAAAUUGGUACCAGUUUUAUCUUCUAUUAGUCAUUUAGUUUUUACCAUCGGAACUCGGAACAAAUAAGGUGAUUCCAUAUUUAUGCUCGCGGGUAGUUUUAAAAAGUCCCGGCCUUAAGCCGCAGUGUUGCCAGCGCACCAAGCUUCGCAGUCGCCUCAAUGUGUAUAGAUAGUUUACGGCCAUACUCAUUAGAUCGGCGUGCGUGCUGUAUGGCGAAGUAAGCAUGUACAAUAAUAAAUAUAGAAAGUAUUCUAAUGGAAUAUGUAAUAAAAUACUAAAAUAUA